AUGGAUGAACAGUACGCACAAGUUCAGGAUUCAACUACUUGGGCAAGUGAGCUACCAGUCAGCAUGGAAUGGUACCCAUGGGAGUAUGACGCAUCAUCACCAGUCCUACCCGAGUUGUGUGAAAAGGAGACCAUCCGUGCUGUGGCAAAGGUCUACCUCCCAGUCAUGGCCAUCUUGUUCUGUGUGCUGGGUGUUCUUGGCAAUGGAGUGCUGUUGCUGGUUCGCGUCCGUUACCACACUGUUCAGUCCCUUGGUGAUGCCCUCCUCUUGCACCUUGCUGCCUCCGACAUGCUGCUGCUCCUCACGCUGCCAGUGGGUGUGGCUGGGAUGGUGGGCAGCUGGCCUUUGGGCAAUGCCGCAUGCCAGGCCCUGCAAGGCUUCCAUGCCCUUAACUUCUACAGCAGCUUCCUGUUCCUCAUGGGCCUGACCAUAGACCGCUACGUAGCCAUUGUGCAGGCCCCCAUCGCCCACCGCCUACGUCCUGCUGCCAACUGCUGGGGUGGGCUGCUCUCAGGGCUGAUGUGGCUCUUUUCUGCUGCUCUCGCACUGCCCCAGUUCAUGUAUGCUCAUGUUGAGGACCAUGAAGGCUUUCAACUAUGCAGGGUGGCAGUUGUCACAGUUGUUAUUAACGUAAUGCAAAUAGGCUUUGGCUUCGCUCUACCAUUUGCUGUCAUGGUUGCCUGCUAUGCAGCAAUCACCCGCACCCUUCUAGCAUCUCCUUGUGCCCAAACACACAAGGCCUUGCAGCUGAUCUUGGCCCUGGUCUUGCUGUUCUUGGCUCUGCAACUGCCCUACGCACUACUCACUUUACUGGACACGGCUGAUUUGAUGAGCCAACAAGCAGCAAGUUGCAAAGUAAUUCUCCAACGAGACCUUGCCCUCCUCAUCACCAGUAGCUUGGCCUUCGCUCGCUGCUGCCUAAACCCCGUGCUUCACACCUUCCUGGGUGUGCGUUUCCGCAAGGACCUGUUGCAGCUGAGCAGGGAUUUUGGCUGCCUGGGGCACUGCCUGUGCUGCAGCAAAACAACCAGCACUCGCAACCAGCAGGCUUCUCUCACCACCCACCUGGAAGGAAUAUCAGGAGCACCGUGAGCAUUGCCCACUUGGGAAGUGUCAGAAGUCUUGGAGUGUCAGAAGACUGGCUUAUGUACUUAGGAAUGCGUUCG